AUGUCGGAAUCCAAGGCGAAGAUCAUAUCGAUCGAGCCACUAGAGAACAAAGACGCGAAAUGGAUCAACCUCGUGAAGCAAGUCGCACCUCGUCCACCGGUCUCUUCACUGUCUCCAAUGACGACGAAUGAACCCUUGCGGGAGGCCACGAAGCGCUCCUCGCGCCCCAAGACCAGCGCCGUGGAUGCCGUGCAGAUGCUCGCCAUCCUCGACAAGCCCACCAGCCCGGAGCUGCUCCUGGAGAAGCAGUUUCGCGCCCCUGCGGCGAAGGUGGUCAUCGAGUUCCCCGCCGGUCUCGUGGACGAGGGCGAAACUGUCGUGGAGGCCGCCCUGCGCGAGCUCAGGGAGGAGAUGGGCUAUGUGGGUGAAGUCGUGCCGGAACGUGGAGGCACGAGGCCCAUUUUCUUCAGCUCUCCCGCAUCUUCAAGCUCGAGCACGUUCAUGAUCCACCUAAAGGUCGACCCGAAGAAGGAGUAG